AUGCCUUGAACCAUUUUGUAAAUGUUCUCUAGGUCAAGAAAUGGUGCUUUCUUUAUUGGUUUCUUGUGAGGAACGUUAUCUACAAAUGUACAGACAGUACCUUGUUAGGUCGUAUGUUGAAAGCAAGAAAACAAUCAAAUGGUGUCCAGCCCCUGGUUGUGAGUAUGCUGUUGAAGUGGGUAAUCAUGGAAGUGGGUCAGGGUCAUAUGAGGUUACUUGUGAAUGCUGUUAUGAGUUUUGUUGGAACUGUUUAGAGGAAGCUCAUGGUCCAGUAGAUUGUGAGAUUGCAAAAAAGAGUAUGUUGGAGAACAAUGAUUUUGGGAAAACAGAAAACUGGAAGUUGGUUAACACAAAGCGUUGCCCCAAGUGUAAUUCUGCCAUUGAGAAAGGUGGAGGUUGCAGGCAUAUGACUUGUGUAUUUCCAUGUUGCUUUGAGUUUUGCUGGUUCGACCAUGAUGCUCAUUAUGCCUGUGAUUGGUAUUAUGAUAGUUAAGAUGAUGUAGUAGAGAGAGAAUGAAAUGGAAAUAUCAUUAACCAUUAUUAUGUGUGCUGGGCAGCUAAUGAAUCUUGAAAGAAAGAAUUGUAGCUUAAAGUGAAAACACAGGUGUCAACUUUCAGUGCAGCCAGUUUAAUUGAUGGCGUAAUUGUCACUCCAUUAUUUUAAUAUAUGACCAUUCACUU